UCCGUGGGUCUUGUAGGAGGCGGUCACCGGAGGUGGGAGCGCAACUAAACCUUCGGUGGUCCUCAAGGAUUAUUAGAAGCUGGCUCAACAACGAAAGUCACAGAACGAGCAGAAUAUACGGGAAAGAAAUAAACCCUUGCAGUUAACUGGAAAGUCAACAUUACUAUCAGAAAAACCGGCACAUCUCAUUUGAAUUUAUCAGCACAAUAUAUGGAAAACUAUUCAAAAUCCUCUCUCAGCUGAUGGUAACUCAAUAACUGACUAGGAGAAGUUAACGGGACUGGAGGCUGCAACUUUGCCACGCUUUCUUUAAUUUGGAAAACCAUUCAAGGGGCCUAUAAAUGCAACGCUGUUUAAUUUAUGAGAAGACAAUGGCACCAGAGACAAGGAAUGGAGGAAGCUCUUCCCGGAAUAACAACAACUGUAAAGACAACAGCAGGAGAAAGUUGCUGGUCGGUAUGGAUCUCGUCUGCUUGUUUUUAGCCGGCCUGCCUUUCCUGAUCAUAGAGACUAGUGCUGUACAGCCCUACCGCCGAGGCUUUUACUGCAACGAUGAGUCCAUCAAGUACAUGGCCAAACACGGAGACACCAUAAGCGACGCUGUGCUUUCUGCUGCUGGCAUUCUUAUCACCAUCCUUUCUAUCGUCAUUGGGGAGAGCUAUAGGAUUCACUACCUGAACGAGGGCUCCAAGUCCUUCGUAGGGAACCCCUACAUCUCCGCCCUCUACAAGCAGGUGGGCGUGUUCAUCUUUGGCUGCGCAGUCAGCCAAUCGUUCACGGACAUCGCCAAGGUAUCGGUGGGCCGCAUGCGACCCCACUUCCUGGACGUGUGUAGGCCCGAUUGGUCCACCAUUAACUGUUCCCUGGGCUACAUCACAGACUACCAGUGUCAUGGGCCUGAGAGCAAAGUCCAGGAGGCCAGGAAGUCGUUCUUCUCUGGCCAUGCAUCCUUUUCCAUGUACACCAUGCUGUAUCUGGUG